AUGGGUAUCCUCAAACUGAUUCUCGUGCCCGUUGCAGUCGGGAUUCUCAUCGCCGCCGUCUGGAAUCUUACUCCUGCGACUGAGGUUUGUGCAAAACUCUGCAUUGCAUCCGCGCUAGCCGCAGAAGUCUGCCAAUUGCGCUUUAUCGCUCUCAGCGUGAAUUCAGUGGUAAAUUGGAAAAGUUCGCGGCCGCGGCCAGGAUCUCACAUCAGUUUGCGGUAGAGCGACAUUGUCAGAAUCUUGAGGUGCUAAUACAAUGAUCUUUGUUUUUGAAAACAAAUCAUUUAUUGACGUACUGCUAGUUAGUGUGCCUUAUCGUUAAGACUACGCGUAGUACUACGACAAAUUUAUUGAAAAUUUUUUGCUAAUGUGAAAAAAACAUGUUUGUCGUACAGUGAGAAAUUCGUCAAAAACGUUUUAUGAAUCAAAAACUUAUCGAUAAGUUUAUCGGAAACUUAUAGAGAAAUUCAUCGAAAAAUCCAACGGAAAAAAAUUACUAAUGAUAAUCACAUUUAAAAAAAUGAUUUUUCGAUAUCACUGCGUGCUACAUGAAAAAAAAAUGUAUUUUUCACGUUAUAUGCGCGUUACCCCACAAUACGUAAUAAAAGAGGGCAUUUGCCUUAAUUUCAGGGAGGAAACGUGAAAAUCCCAAAAUAUAAACAGAAAUUAAUUUUUACAUUUUUCCGUUUAGAUUGUUGUGGAAGAGAACAAUUACUACGGUAGCGGGAAGACGAGGCCGGACAGCACGGAAAUCAAGCCGUUCAAGGUGGCCGUGGAGCAGAGUGUGAUCGAUGUCAGUUCACUCCAGACGUCUCCUUUCCCAUCAUGAUCUCAUUUCAGGACCUCAAACACAGACUGCAGAAUGCGAGAGUCUCCCACUCGGUGCUCGAAGAUUCCGACAAUUUCUACUACGGAUUCAACGCGAAACAGCUUCUGAAACUCCGCGACUAUUGGCUCAACAAGUACGAUUGGAGGAAACAAGAAGCGCUCCUCAACCAGUUCCCGCAGUUCACAACUGAGAUCGAGGGACUCCAGGUGCACUUCUUGCACGUUCACCCUCCAAAGUCCUACAAGAUCGUGAAGCCACUGCUGCUGGCCCACGGAUGGCCGGGAAAUGUGUUCGAAUUCUACAAGAUCAUUCCGAUUCUCACCGACCCGAAGAAGCACGGAAUCGAUUCAGAGUUUGCGUUCGAAGUGGUCGCACCGUCGAUUCCUGGCUACGGAUGGUCCGAGCAGCCUAAGAAGACUGGAUUCUCGCAGCUCGCGUGUGCUCGAGUCUUCCGCAAAUUGAUGAUCCGUCUCGGAUUCCAGAAGUUCUAUCUUCAAGGAGGAGACUGGGGAGCCAUCGUUACCUCCAUCCUCACCAGAGUCUAUCCACAAAAGUAAGGCAUUCCCAUGAACUUUCCCUUUUCAUAAUAGUCAUUUAGCGUCUUGGCCCUCCACCUGAACAUGCUGCCAGCUCGGCCGGGAAACAGUGUCCUCGGAACCUUCUACGACGUUCUCGGAUGGCUCAUUCCAUCGGUACACAUCUGUUUCACAGUUCUGAUUGUCAGUUCAACUACAUUUUCAGACUCUUUCGUCGGAAGCCAUCCGAAAAGCGCACAAUCCAUUUUCCAAGUUCGCAAUUCUCCUCGCCGAGACCGGCUACAUGCAUUUGCAGGCGACCAAGCCAGACACUGCCGGUCAGUCAUUCCAUCUGAAUCCCCGUGACCGAUCUAUUCUAUUUUUAGGCACUUCCCUCAAUGACUCCCCGAUCGGCCUCGCCGCCUACAUAAUCGAGAAGUUCUCCACGUGGACCAACCCGGAAUACCGUGCCCUUCCGGAUGGAGGUCUCAACAAGAAGUUCACGAACGACGAGCUGCUCACGAUGAUCAUGAUCUACUGGACGAACGGAAACAUCGUUUCUUCGCAGAGAUUCUACAGAGAGUACUUCUUGGACCGAAGAGUUGACGCACUCGGAAAAAGAUACGUCGCCACGCCGACCGCCCACGCGAGCGCACUUAAUGAGCUCUACGACCGUACUCCGAUUGAGGUCUCCCGUCAGUUGUACAAUAUCACCCACUACACCGAGAUCGACAUGGGACACUUUGCCGCUUUUGAGGCCCCCAAACCACUGGCCACUUCUGUUUUCAAAUUUGUAAAAGAAUUGAAUUAG